GGAUGGUCUCUCUCACGACAUUGCUUCCCCGACCAAGACGUUAUAAGUGUGAGCCACUGUUCUGAGUCCCAUGAGGGUCAUUUACCCUUGACGAAACUAUGUCCACUGGGCUUCGGCGGGUACGUACCGAGCGCAGACAGCCAGCCAUGUUUCCAAGGGACAGUUAUCAGUGGCAGGAGCGGAGUGGUAACUGUUCUGACUCUCAGAAUUCGCUUGACCGUACGGACUGCCCAGGUGUUUCUAGCAGCACUAGUCCUAGCAGAGACCCAACGACCACAGGCCUAUCCACCAUCAGUCCAAGACCUACCACGCCUAUUAGCACGUCUACCGAUCCAUCUACAUCCAAUUCCGGAUCCUCUAGCAUAGCGCCUGAUUCUAGUGAUAGUUCGUUAUCAGCUUCGCAAACUCCGCUUGUGAGCUCGUCUUCGACAUCCCCCUCUUUGAAUGGUGCAACGGCCGUUUCCUCUCCCUCCUCCUCGCCUGUGUUCAGCACAUCCUCAACAUUAGAUGUAUCCCCGCCAUCGAGUACACCCUCCGCGGUCUCAUCCUCAUCUCUUUAUGCACAAUCCUCCAAACCUAAACGCGGUGCUAUUAUCGGUGGUGUUCUUGGCGGGGUCACAUUUCUGAUAUGCAUUGGCGUUGCAUUGGUCAUAUAUCGUCGGCGCCGACACAAGGCACACCUUGCGCCUUCAUCGGAAUUCAUGCAGUCCCUGCACCAGGGAGGAACACCUCACAUCUUCCAGUUGCGCAGCGGUCAACAAUAUAUUGCUGCCAUCUCUGAUACUCCCCUUCCGCGAAAAGACACACCUGUCUCCUUCAUGAACGACCUAUACAAUCAACCUGGCAAUGAUCCCAAUCUCAUUGAAUCAAGAGAGAUCGACCAGGACUCGAACAGCUCUUUCAUUACUGAGUCACGAGCAGGUAGCCCAUAUUCAGACCACGAAUAUCCUUCCACCGAACGUGCAGAACCAAGCGAGGAAACCUCUGGCGAAAGCGGGGCAAAUCUCCUGCGUCCAGAGCCUACGAGGCAGGAAGUGGGAUCUGACGUAGCGGAACAAGGCUCUCAUGAGCCUACGUCGGAGCGCGGUCCGCACUCAUACCCCUCCCUCUGGAGGUUGGCCAGUGUACAGACAGCAACGCCAGCACCGCUCCCUAGACUAUCUAUCCAAUCAGCAGAAAGAAACUCGUGGCUAGUAAAUCGCACGAGGCCCAGCACGGCUGAUGGCAGCGGUGGUGCGAGUGACAGGAAUUAUUGGCAUACCAGUGCUAUAGAUGAUGGGCCUCGGACUUCCUAA